ACCAGCUCCCCAUCCCUCCUUUCCAUUGCAUUUCCCCACAAGAAACUCGAUCCAGAUCCAUCUAACUGACAGUACGAUGGUUGGUCGGUAGGAAGGUAGGUAGGCAGAGUGAAUCUUGAACUGAAAUAGAGAAAUAUGAUAGUUUCAUGAGCUUGGAAGAAGAAAACAGAGGUGUUCUUGCCAUCAUGAAUGUCCUUGUCUUUGUAACUACUGUUCUAAGGGUGCCAACCCCUUUGCCAUUGCCAACUAACCUACCAAAUUAAUUAAGCCUGGUGCUGCUGAUGUUGUUGACCAUAAAUCCUCCUACCAUGGCCAUAAAUCUUAUUAUGUGAUCUUAGUUCCUACAGUCGCAUUGCUAUAUACAGUUACACACACAGACACACCUUGUCUCCUGCUUUUUUCCAUAGUUUUGCCUUAGACAUGACCAGACAUGAGCAAAGGCAACAAGACAUGCUACAUGGAUCACCGCAGGUUCCUAGAUGAAAACCAUCCAUUUAGAACAACUGAAAAGGAUUUUUUGAUGGCAAGGUAGAAUCUAGGACAGUCCCUGUAGCACUUACAGGUGCUGAAGUGGAUGCCCUUACACAAAACAUGGAGAUAGUGUUUGGUAAGCACCCUUCUAAGAAACCAGAAACAAAGAAACGGUAGCGUGGGGAUCCUCCAAUAAUCCAUAAAAGGAGAUCCAUAUGGUUUAGGUUACGAUAUUGGAAAGAUUUAUUACAACCUCACAACCUUGACGCCAUGCACAUUGAAAAGAAUGUGUGUGACAACAUAGUUAACACACUCUUGGGGAUUGAACGAAAAACUAACUCUCGUCGAGACCUUAAGAAGCUUGGACUUAGAGGGGAUCUCCAUCUUGUUCCUAUAGGAAAUGAUUUAUUCGAUUUGCCUUCUUCCCCAUACACAUUGAGCCCUGGGUUGCAGAGGUUGUUUUGCCUAAUUCUGAAAGGAGUCAGGUUUCCGGUUGGUUAUGCGUCUCAUAUAAGGAAGAAUGUUCAGGUUAAGAAGAGGAAGGUUGUUGGGCUAAAGAGCCAUGACAAUCACAUUCUACUUCAGUACCUCCUACCGCUAGCUAUGAGAAAAACGUUGCCACAGGCAGUUAGUGCUGCAAUUAUCCGUGUGAGUAUGUUAUUCCAAAAAAAAUAUUCUCCUAUCAUUUGCAUAAGUGAUAUGGGGGAGCUAGAGAAAGAAAUAGUUGAGACGCUGAGCAUUCUUGAGACCAUAUUUCUACCAUCAUUUUUUGAUAUGAUGGUUCACUUGAUGGUUCAUCUUCCACUCCAAGUGAGGCUUGGAGGGCCUAUGAAGUUCAGCAACAUGUAUGCACCAGAAAGGUACAUGGGCAAGUUAAAGGGCAAUGUUUGUACCAGGAGUCAUCCCAAAGGGUCAAUUGCUGAGGCGUACCUUUUUUAUGAGUGUCUUACAUUUUGCUCUCAGUAUUUAGAAGGGUGUGAAACCAGAUUUAGUAGAACAUCCACACCUGAUGUUAAUGGAGCCCAGACUAGUAGCAUGCCAUUCUUUAACAACAACGGUCGAUAUUUGGUAGGAAAGCUUACAAUAACUUUAGAUGAUAAGGCAUUGAUUCAGGCACAUAGAUACGUCAUAUUUAAUUAUGACAACAUAGAGCCAUAUUUGAGGUAUGUUACUACUAGAGCCCUAUUUAAUUAUGGUAUUUAGAUACGUCCUAAAUGCAUUCCAACUCUUGCAGUGAGCAUGUUGAAUAUUUGUCCUCAGCUGGUCAUAUUACUAGGCAUCAGAUUAAAAAAAGAGUGCAACAAGAGAUGAGGAAAGCGAAGGAGCAUUUUGAGAAGAAGCAAGCAGAAGUUCAGCUCUUGCAGAAGAAGAAGAAGGAAGCAGAGCUCUUGCAGAGAAAGAAAGAAGUAGAGGUCUUGCAGAGAUAGAAGGAAUCAGAUCUCUUGCAGAGAAAGAAGGAAGCAGAGCUCUUGCAGGAAAAGAAGGAAGCAGAGCUCUUACAGAGAAAGAAGGAAGCAGAGCUCCUGCAGAAAAAGAAGGAAGCAGAGGUCUUGCAGAUGAAUGGCGCUACUUUGAAAUAAAACAAGGAAGAUGCGCUUGCUCAGAGAAUGAAGGAUGCUGAAGGACACCAAAAGCAAAAAGAAACCAUGCAGAAGAAGGAUGCUGAGAUGUGCAAAAGGCAGCAGAAGGAAGCAACAGUUACACAAAGAAAUCAUCAAGUGUUGUUUUGAUUUGUUCCUUGCUUUUCUUCUUUCAUGCUUGUUUAUUGAGAAGUACUAUUGUGCAAUAUUAAUCUCAUGUUGUUUCAUCAUUUUGACCAA